GCGGAGCACAGGAGGUGAUUUCAGCCACUUGAUUUAUUAGUCAUCACUGGUUGUUGGAACAAGCUAAUUAAAAGGAGCGUGAGCGUGUGUGUUUGUGUGUGUGUGUUUGUGUGUGUGUGUGUGUGUAUUUGUGUGUAAGAUUUGGAGACUGACGCUGCUGCUGCUGCUUCUUCUGCUGCUGCUGCCGUCCCCUUCAUCAGCUCUCUCACGCUUUGCUGUGGAGCAGGCGAGAGGAGAGGAGAGAGAAGAGGAAGAAGAGGAGGAGAAGGAGGAGAAAGAGAGAAGGGACAGACACCUGGGUGGAAGGACAUUUUCACACCACUUCCCCUCAUCAUCUCUUCUGACAUGGCCACCGCUUAGGAAUCUGGUGCCGUGGCAACCGUCAGAUCCAAGGAUAAGGAGGCAGAAAGUUGGGCCUGUUCAGGGGGAUGUUCAAAGAAACAAAGAGAGGGAUGACCAUGGAGGAGAAGCCGGGCGUGAAGAGCAGCAGCUCCAUCGUUCCCUGCUUCCUGUUUGUGGAGCUGGUGAUCAUGGCUGGGACGGUGCUGCUGGCUUACUACUUUGAGUACACGGACACCUUCCCCGUGCACAUCCAGGGCUUCUUCUGUUACGACAAGACCUUCUCUAAGCCCUACCCUGGUCCGGACGAUACCAGCAAGAUCCCUCCGGUGCUCAUCUACUCGCUCGUCACAGCCAUCCCUACCCUCACGAUUCUUGUUGGAGAGCUAUGCGCCUUCUUCACCAAGGCAGAGGGAACCCAGGAGAAGACCAUUGUGACUGCAGACUGCUGCUACUUCAACCCCUUACUGAGACGCAUAAUACGCUUCUUGGGUGUUUAUGCCUUUGGUCUGUUCACCACGACCAUUUUCGCCAAUGCCGGCCAGGUGGUGACAGGAAACCAGACGCCUCACUUCCUGUCUGCCUGCCGACCAAACUACACAGCAUUAGGCUGCCAGUCCACGAUGCAGUACAUCACAGAGCGCCGGGCCUGCACAGGCAACCCGCUGAUUGUCAUGUCUGCACGUAAAUCCUUCCCAUCUAAGGAUGCAGCGCUCAGCGUCUACUCAGCAGUGUACACAGUGAUGUACGUGACACUGGUUUUCAAAACCAAAGGCACGCGGCUCACCAAGCCCACUAUCAGCCUCACGCUGCUUUGUCUCGCCAUGCUAGUCGGUGUGGUCAGAGUGGCUGAGUACCGCAACCACUGGGCUGAUGUCCUGGCGGGAUUCUUCACUGGGGGAGCCAUCGCUGUGUUUUUGGUGACUUGUGUGAUUAACAACUUCCAGCAGCUGCAGCCCGGUCUUCCUCCACCGCGACCCCAACGUCCCGAGUCAAUGCUGGGCAUGCCGAUGGUGACACUGCCCUCCGUGGAGAGUCCACUCGAAAAGUUAAGUGGCCCUCAGCAUCUUGCACUCUCCUCCUCCUCCCCACCUUACAACACCUACGUCCAACCAUUCUAACCAGCUUUGAAUAUUUUUUACCCAACGUUGUCACCCCCCCAACACUAUCUCCGCCAUCUGUUACCUUAUUUCUGUUUUUUGCUCUGUUGAACAUCUGUUCUGUCCUCUCUUCCUCCCCUCAUCCCUGUACAUUGCUCUUGAUUAUUCUUUUCUUCACUUUUCUCUCUCUUCCUCCGCCUCCUCUCUGCCCCGUCCUCCUCUCUCUUUCUCACUCCUCUCUUUCCCCUGCAGACUCCGCGGGGAUCUCCGUUCACCGAGAUCACAUGACCAUCAGCCCUAUCGGUUCCCCGCCACCCCCGAUGUCCUCAUACCGUCUCGCUCCAUUUCCAGCGAAGUCUAGACCAGUCGGAGCAGCACUCGCCGCAAUGCGCCGCCCAUCCGGCUGGGCGGUACGCAACGUUGCACCGCUCCUAUUCCACGCAGGUCUAGACCCCCCCCACCCCUCCUAAUACAUGAUACACAGCACACACAUCCCCCGUUGCCCUCUUAACCCCCGGGGAACCGAUAGGCAAACUCUUCAAAGACUUUCUCUUUGCUGGAAUACCAGUAAAGUAAAGCUCUGAACAAUAAGUACAGAGUCAGGUACAUCUUUUUUUUCUUUCCUUUUUUUUUCAUGUUGAAAAAUGUAACUAAUUUUUUUAUAUGUAUAUAAACUCAAUCACACGAAGCUCACUUUCAUCAGCGGUGGUUUGCUCUGUUACGAAAACGAAAUCAAAUGUGACCACUGAGAAUGUCCGCCGCUUCUUUUUCUCCAACCGUACGAGCGCACACCUGUUUGAGAAAAGAACCCGAAAGGUGACGGUGAGCUCUCAGGACGCGGCUUUGACGUGCGCCGUGUUGGACCAAAGAAACCCACCUGAGGAAAUGUGCGCUGCUGAGAUUUACCCGUACAAAACAUCCUUUUAGCAAGCCAUAUGAACACACAAGCAAACACACUUGCUCUCCUUAUAUCAUCCCAUGCACGUGCACAUAGACACAAGCACCCGCACACAGACACACGCAUAAGCACCCACCACAGUCGAGUAGCAGUGCCCUAGUCAGCUCCGCAUGAGGUUUCCCGGGAUCAAAGGAUCCGUUUCUUAUCCUUCGGCAGAAGCACCAGACAAAAGCAAACAGGAUGAAGGUACAGACAUCUUCACUUGGCUAUCAACUUUGUGUUUUCCUUCGCUCUCAGAUGGUUGCAAUUUUGCCAAAACCUAAUGUGAAACAGAAACACACAUUGGAUGAGACAAAUCCAAGCUCCCGAAUGCAGGUGGCACAACAGUGAGCCAAAUUAAGUGCAUCACAUUCAGGAGCAAAUAUUUGUUUUUUGCUUGCUUUUUUUUUGUAUUCUUUUGCGAAAAGGAGCCUUCAUACAGGACACUUCUCUGUGAUGCCAACAGACUUUUUAAAAAAAUGUCUCUUUCAUUUAACUGUGGAACAGCAUCACUCAUCCUGAAAUGGCGUCUCCUUUGCUGCGGACUGGCUGCGUCGUGUAAUUACUGUGAUUUAUUUCUGAGAUUUUAUCGAUAUAUUGAUUUACUGACGUUUGUGUAUAUACGGCGUGGUUGCCAUAAGCGCUCUGUGUGGCGUGACAGUUUUGCUGAUUUUGAUUUGCACACUCCCUCACAAUCCACUUUUGUCUUUUGUUCUCUUCAUUUGCUUUUGUUCGUUUUUCCUUUCUUUACAAAUACAUAUAUUUUUUUUACAUUCUCCAUUUCUCUCUUCUCUGUGGUGUCUGUAUCUAGGCUAAUAUGCCAUCACUGUGCUGUGAAAUGUUUCCCUCUGCUGGACAAACACACACACACACACACACACAGACACACACACACACACAGAGACACACACACACACAAAGCACAGAAGACCUCGUUUUACAGAGCACAUGUAAAUAAACUCUAACAUAUUUGAAAGCACACACAUGCACAAGCACACUUAUACCCCCUACUUGUUACUGUACUUUCCUUCUCCUCUUCCCCACUUUCUAACACCGAACCUGUAAGAUAUUGUACAUAGCUCUUUUUUCUAUUGAGAGUGUGAUUUUUACACGAGCAUCACCAACACUCUGUGUGGCGAUUGAAGGAAAAUCUUGUUUUUCUUACAAUGAUGGAGAAUUCGUGCAGACGUGCUGAACCACUCUGACCCAUCGGUUGGAAAGUACUCAGAUGACUCAUGUUUUGUUUCAAUUUGCUGCGUCUGCCUGUUGGACUGAAUAAAGCUGGAUUGGAAAAGUC